AUCACUGAUAAAUUUCACUAAACUUUUAGGGCUAUACUGUAUGUUUGUUGAGUUCCGUCACUUCCCUGAAAAGCAGUUUAAUAGGUCAAUGCCAACACUCAGGUAGUCAAUUGGUUUUGUUAAGUCCUCUGUCGCAAGCACUCACUCUGGUUUCUCUCUCUAGCCUUAACAAAAAAAACUCAAACUUUCUGUUUCUCUCUCUAGCAACAAUGGGAGCGGAGGUAAUAGAGAGACCCACCGUUCGCCUCACAAACAUCCCACUAACCAUUACAGCAACCCACCUCUUAAAUCACCUCGAAACCCAACUCGGUCCCGACUCAGUUUACGCUAUAGAAAUUGUAUCAGACCACAAAAAUUGGAAAUCACGAGGCUUUGGUCGUGUCCAGUUCACAACCCUCGAUUUUAAACUCAAAGCUCAGUCCCUUUCUCUGCAAAACAAGCUUAUUUUCAAGUCCCAGAACCUUAAAAUCUCUGAAACUUACGAUGAUAUUAUAGCUAGACCCGUUAACCCUAAGUAUAGGGUUGAUAAUGGGGUUUUGCAUGCGGGGUUUUUGAAAGAGGAGCUUUGUUUGACUGUUUUGGAGAGCUGGGAUGGUGUUAGAAUGUGGGUUAUGCCUGAGAGGAGAAGAGUUGAGUUUUGGAUUUGGGUUGAUCAAGAUUGUUUUAAGGUUGAUAUUAGUUUUGAUAAUAUUUUGGAAACUGUUAGAUGCUGUCUCGAAGGUGACACCACUGUUAAUGCCACUCUUUUUAAGCUCAAGUAUGGACCGAGGAUAUAUAAAAAGAAAUACGGACCUGAUGUAGUUUCGAAAUUUAGUGCUGAUAGGUACCACUUGUGCAAGGAAGAUUUUGAUUUUAUUUGGAUUCGCACAACGGACUUUUCUUCUUUGAAAUCAAUUGGACAAUCAACUUCAUUUUGUUGGCAAUUUGAAGAAGGUUUAGACGAUGUGGAUAUAUAUCAAAGUUUCCCGUAUCAUUCUCAUGAGAAGAAACAUUUAGAUUUAGAAGAUGGGGAGGAAUGGGGUUCUACAUCUGAAAUAGUACCACUUGUUAGAUGUGAUUCUGAUUCUACGGUAGCUUAUGAGAUAUUAUUCCAGUUGAAUUCGCUUGUUCAUAAUCAAAAAAUUAGUCUUGCUGCUGUAGAUGCCGAUCUGUUUAAAAUUCUUGGCAGUUUGAGCAAAGAUACUGCUCUAGUGAUUCUUCAGAAGUUGCACAAGUUGGCAUUCACUUGUUAUGAUCCUUUAGCUUUUAUAAAGAAGCAAUUACUUGUUCCGGGAAGAAACCUUAAAAGACCUUUGCCGUCAUCGAACAAAAAUUCAACAAGUCAUAAUAUAAUGAGUUGUCACAGAGCCUUAGUUACACCGUCAAAAAUUUAUUGCUUAGGUCCUGAAUUGGAAUCCUCAAAUUAUGUUGUCAAAAAUUAUGCUUCUUAUGCUUCAGACUUUAUGAGAGUCACUUUUGUUGAUGAAGAUUGGAAUAAGCUUCCUGUGAAUGCCAUUUCCGCAAGUAUCCAGCAAGGUAUUUUUGCAAAACCUUUCAGAACUGAAAUUUAUCGUAGAAUAUUAUCUAUUCUUCAAGAUGGGAUUGUUAUAGGAGCCAAAAAGUUUGAGUUUCUCGCUUUCUCGGCUAGUCAACUACGAUCAAGUUCUGUUUGGAUGUUUGCCUCAAAUGAUAAAGUGAAGGCAGAAGAUAUUAGAGAAUGGAUGGGUUGCUUUAAUAAGAUCCGCAGUAUUUCAAAAUGUGCAGCAAGGAUGGGCCAGUUGUUCAGCUCUUCAAAACAAACUUUUAUUGUUCCCUCACAAGAUGUAGAGGUUAUCCCUGACAUUGAAGUUACUUCUGAUGGGAUUGACUACUGCUUUUCAGAUGGUAUUGGGAAAAUUUCUCUUUCUUUUGCUAGACAGGUUGCUCAAAAGUGUGGCUUGAAUAAAACUCCAUCGGCAUUUCAAAUUCGAUAUGGUGGCUAUAAAGGUGUAAUCGCUGUGGAUCCCAAUUCCUUCAGGAAGCUAUCUUUGCGUGCUAGUAUGCUUAAAUUUGAAUCAGAUAACAGAAUGCUUAAUGUCACUAAAUGGACUGAAUCCAUGCCUUGCUAUAUGAAUCGGGAGAUUGUUACUCUCUUGACUACCUUGGGAGUGAAAGAUGAAGUAUUGGAGGGUUUGCUGCAGCGACAAUUGCAUCUACUGGGAAGAAUGCUGAGUGGUAGAGAGGCCGCUUUAAAUGUCUUAGAGAAUUUGACUUGGGCUAAUUCCAAGAACAUUCUGGUAAAGAUGUUGCUUCAAGGAUAUGAGCCUGAUGUAGAACCUUAUCUUUCAAUGAUGCUUCGAGCUUAUCAUGAAAAUUUGUUGCUGGAAUUGAGAACCAAGUGUCGGAUAUUUGUUCCAAGAGGACGUAUCCUUGUUGGUUGUUUGGACGAGACAGGAAUUCUAGAUUAUGGCCAAGUUUAUGUCCGGAUAACCAUGACUAAAACAGAGCUGCAGAGUGUAGAUCAGAGCUUUUUCCGGAAGGUAGAUGAAACAACGGCUGUAGUAACAGGAAAGGUGGUUGUUACUAAAAAUCCUUGUCUUCACCCAGGAGAUAUUAGAGUACUUGACGCUGUGUAUGAAGUAGAAUUGGAAGAGAAGGGUUCCGUUGAUUGCAUUCUUUUCCCUCAAAAAGGAGAAAGGCCUCAUCCAAAUGAAUGCUCCGGUGGCGAUCUUGAUGGGGACCAAUUUUUCAUAAGCUGGGACGAAGGUCUCGUGCCUAGUGAAAUGGAGAGUCCAAUGAAUUACCAAGGACGAAGACCACGUAUAAUGGAUCAUAAUGUGACACUUGAGGAAAUUCACAAGUUUUUCGUAGAUUACAUGAUCAAUGAUACUUUGGGCGCCAUUUCCACUGCGCAUUUAGUUCAUGCUGACUUUGAACCCGAAAAAGCUAGAAGUACAAAAUGUCUACAAUUGGCAGAUCUCCACUCAAUGGCAGUUGACUUUGCAAAAACCGGCGCACCAGCUGAGAUGCCUAAGGCUUUGAAACCAAAGGAGUUUCCGGAUUUCAUGGAAAGAAAUGAGAAAAAGAUGUACAUAUCUGAGGGAGUAUUGGGAAAACUGUACAGAAAUACGCUUAAUUCAAGUGGACUCGAACGUUCAAAGUUUGUUUGGACAGAGCAAACUGCCGAAACAACAUAUGAUCGCGACCUCGAGGUAGAGGGAUUUACCGAAUACAUUGAAAUUGCCUCGACUCACAAGGAAAUGUAUGCGGAGAAACUAAGUGGUCUGAUGGAUUAUUACGAGGCAAAGAGCGAAGAUGAGAUACUGACAGGGAACCUGAGGGAUAAGGCGAUGUAUUUGCAGCGCGACAACAGGAGAUAUGGAGAUACAAAAGAUAGAAUUCUGAUAUCUGUGAAGAAUUUGCAGAAGGAGGCUAAAGAAUGGUUUGAGAGCAGCUGCGAGCCGAAAGAACAGCGACGCCUAGCCUCGGCAUGGUAUCAUGUUACUUACCAUCCAAGUUAUUACCAAGAAGGAAUGAGUUGCUUAAGUUUUCCAUGGAUUCUAGCUGACAUUCUGUUGAACGUAAAGUCUGCAAAUAGCAAAAAUAACUCAUCAACUGUUUAGCAAUUGGAAAGUGUUCCAAAUGUAAGUGCUUACAUAGAAGAGCUAAUAUGGAUUAAGAUCCUCUCAUGUUCAUUAUGUUUACUUAAUCUGCAUAAUUUAUUUAUUUUA